CUGAAUACGCUGGCUGGAAAGAUGCAAGGAAUCUUCGAAGGGGAGAUUCUUGUCAAUGGACUGCACUGUAAAGAUAUAGAUUUCAGAGCGCACAUGGGUUACGUUACUCAGGAUGACUGUCUUUUAGAGCAAGCCACAGUAGGCGAGAUCUUACUGGUAGAUGCCAAUCUUAGAUCGCCCAAAGAUAUGUCGGCCGAGUUGAAUACACGUGUCAAGAAUAGUGCCGCGGAUCUGGGCAUUGGUCACGUGUUAAAUACCCAGGUGGGAGGUUUUUGGAAGAAGGGUAUUUCGGGUGGAGAGCGUAAAAGAGUUAGCAUUGCAGUGGAACUUAUCAAAAAUCCGGCGCUUCUGCUGCUGGAUGAGCCAACUUCUGGUCUCGAUUCUUUCUCUGCAAGGCAAGUUGUGAACUAUGUAAAAAAAAAUGCAACCAAUCACGGUACGGCAAUCAUAGCUUUUAUCCACCAACCUCGGUUAAGCGUAUUCCAAACUUUCGACAAAAUCCUUGUACUACCUAAAGGACGCACUGUGUACUUUGGGUCACCUAACGAUGUUGUUCAGUACUUAACCGAGCUCGAUUUUCUAUGCCCACCAUUCGAAUCCGCCGCAGAUCACAUAAUAGAUGUUGCAUCUAUUGACACGCGCACCAGAAAAUUAGAGCAAAUCUCAGAGACCCGGAAUGAUCAUCCUGCAGAUGUCUGGACUCAACUCAACAUAAACACCGCAUUGAAGGUUCACUUGACAUAA